UCCAUCCCUUAUUCCGUUCUCGGCCUCUCAGCUUCAAACGACGGUUCACCACUUCUCCCUCGUCUCUCGCCGCCUCCGCCCUCGGCGACACUCCGGUCAGCUGGUCACUCCCUCACGCCCUCGCUCCUCAGUCCUCUCAUCCUCAUACGGUCAGACCUCACUUUAUCAACUUAGCAGUCUCAGCGGCGUCCGUGCGGGACUCAGGCACUCAGCGGCGUCCGUACGGGACUUAGGCACUCAGCGGCUCUGUGGACCUCACCUCAGCUUCGCCCCUCAGCUAGUCAGUUGCUUCACUGAGUCACUUUAAAUCCAUGGCUCAAGUUGAGCACCUAGAGACAAUGUGGGAAGAGGAGAAGAAGGAUAACAAUUGUAAAGGAGAAGAACAAAAUCCAGUGAGGACAAAUAAGAGAAAGCACAAGGAAGUUGCAAUAUUUGGGAACUAUAGAAACUACUAUGGAUACAGAAUUGGCUUUGAUGAAGAUCCUAGGUUAAAGGCUAUGAAGAAAGAAUGGUUUGAAGGCAAGAAUUGUCUUGAUAUUGGCUGCAAUAGUGGAGCUGUUACAAUUGCUAUUGCUCAAAAGUUUUGUUGCCGAAGCAUUCUUGGAAUUGACAUCGAUAGUGAUCGAGUUGAGGAUUCUUAUUGGCAUCUCGAGAAAGUACUAAGGGCUCAGAAACGGCUACUGAAAACAUCUAAACAAGCGGAUUCUAAGAGGUUAAAUGGUUUGGAGGGCCAUUUAGCAGAGUCUCUUAAUGGCAGAACAAGGGAUGAUUCUGAAGAAUCUCAUGCAUCGGGAAGGAGAGAUUUGUCUGACAUAGUGUCUUUUAAAAAAGCAAAUUUCAUUCGAAAUUGGUAUCCACCAGAAAAUAUGCAUUUUGAUACAAUUAUAUGUUUAAGUGUGUCAAAAUGGGUGCAGUUGAAUUGGGGUGAUGAGGGAUUAAUCACCUUAUUUGUGAAAGCCUGGAGGCUUCUUCAACCGGGUGGUAUGUUUAUUUUGGAACCGCAGCCCUGGAGUUCAUAUAAUAAAAAUCGUCUUGUCUCGGAGACAGCUAGAAGUAAUUAUCAAAAUAUAAAGAUCUAUCCCGAAGAUUUUCAGGACAUACUUUUGGACAAGAUUGGAUUUCGGAGGGUAGAAGACAUAACUUCUAAUGCGUCUGGUCAAAAAUCUGGAUUUCAAAGACCUAUUUUUGCAUUCUGGAAAUGAUUCAUCCACUUUCUUCUUCAUGGAUGAUAGUGAAUGCCUUACUGAAAUGUAUGCAUAUUUUGUAUCAGAUGAGGGAGGUAAUUAUAGGUAAAAUGCUGCAUGUGAUAUUAGUUGGUGGUUUUGCCUCACCACAUUUUUGACUGUGAAGAUCUUGUUCUAUAUAUAUGUUGUAAUUUUUCCAAAUGUCUGUUUACUACAAUACCUUUAACUAAUGAAAAAGUUUAGUUUUUGUUUA